AUGGCGGGGACUCCAGGGUGCCCCAUCUUCCUCCUCCUCCUCUGGGCUGUCGGGCAGGUGAGCCCCUCCAGCGCCCACUGGAAGCCCACGUGGCCGGCCUACCGCCUCCCCGUGGUCCUGCCCCAGUCCACCUUCAACCUGGCCAAGCCGGACUUCGGGGCCGAAGCCAAGCUGGAAGUGUCCUCCGCGUGUGGACCCCAGUGUCAUAAGGGAACGCCGCUGCCCACUUACGAAGAAGCCAAGCAGUACCUGUCCUACGAGACCCUCUAUGCCAACGGCAGCCGCACCGAGACACAGGUGGGCAUCUACGUCCUCAGAAGCAGCGAGAGGCAGUCUUCCGGGAAGUCUCGGACGAAGCGGCAGAUCUACGGCUAUGACAGCAGGUUCAGCAUCUUUGGGAAGGACUUCCUGCUCAACUACCCCUUCUCGACCUCCGUGAAGUUAUCCACGGGCUGCACGGGCACGCUGGUGGCCGAGAAGCACGUGCUCACAGCCGCCCACUGCAUCCACGAUGGCAAGACCUACGUGAAAGGAACCCAGAAGCUCCGGGUGGGCUUCCUGAAGCCCAAGUUUAAAGACGGUGGUCGAGGGGCUAACGACUCGCACUCAGCCCUGCCCGAGAAGAUGAAAUUCCAGUGGAUCCGGGUGAAACGCACCCACGUGCCCAAGGGUUGGAUCAAGGGCAAUGCCAACGACAUCGGCAUGGAUUAUGACUAUGCCCUCCUGGAGCUCAAAAAGCCCCACAAGAGAAAGUUCAUGAAGAUUGGGGUGAGCCCGCCUGCCAAGCAGCUGCCAGGGGGCAGGAUCCACUUCUCGGGUUACGACAACGACCGACCCGGCAACUUGGUGUACCGCUUCUGUGACGUCCAGGAUGAGACCUACGACCUGCUCUACCAGCAGUGCGAUGCCCAGCCCGGCGCCAGCGGGUCCGGGGUCUACGUGAGAAUGUGGAAGAGACAGCAGCAGAAGUGGGAGCGGAAAAUCAUCGGCAUCUUUUCUGGGCACCAGUGGGUAGACGUGAAUGGUUCGCCACAGGAUUUCAACGUGGCUGUUAGAAUCACCCCUCUCAAAUAUGCCCAGAUUUGCUACUGGAUUAAAGGAAACUACCUGGAUUGUAGGGAGGGGUGA